CGGAGAUAGAGGAGAGCUGGUGCGCUCUCAGGCUCCACUUUUACGCAUCAGUUGUUCGAGCAGGCGUCAAUGCAGAAGAUACCUCCUAUCUGGAUUUUUAUUUUCAGAAUACCAGUGCAUUUUAGAAACAUAUUUCAGGUUUAAGCAGCAUCCUUGGCGACGCAAACACCAGCGACACGAGAGGAACAAGUGGACCAAGAAAAAGUUUCUGCCAUGGGAGCGCGUGGAUGGAGCUCAGCGCGCCUCGGCUUCAUCGUUUGUGGAUAUUUAGCGUUUUUCUGCGGGGAGAUUUUCCAGCAGGCUGAAGCGGGCUGCAGGGAGAGAGAGAGCCCGAACUGCUGCACCGGCCGGAACAAUGAAUGUUUUGAGUACACCAGGAGGAAAACGGUGUGCUACUGUGAUACCUACUGUAAGAAAACCAGAGACUGCUGCGAGGACUACCAGAGUGUGUGCCAAAUAUCUGCAGCCAUUGACUGUGUGGUGGGCUCAUGGGGUCCUUGGUCAUCGUGCACAUCACCAUGUGGCAUUGGCAGCACAGAAAGAAUUCGCCAGGUGUCUGUUCCUCCUAGAAACGGAGGCACACCAUGUCCUGACCUCAAACAGCGUCGAGGAUGCUUUGGAAACAACGCCAUAUGCAGUAGCGCGAAAGAGGUGGCAAAGAUCCUGCCUGAUUCUUUCAAGAGGAACUUCAAGGACCCGUGGAGGCGACCACACAUGCUGAUGAAGGAGGAGAAGGCCAGUUACUGUGUGUAUCUGCGGCUUAAACAGGCCAGUGCAGCGUGUAAGCUCAAACUGUGGAGUGCUCAGCUGGUAAGAGAGAGGCUGGUCUGUGCGGAGUGUCAGAGUGAUGCCAUGUCCAAAUCAGACCGCUGUGGAGGCGACGGCCUAGAGAGCACCAGAACAUUCUGGUCAGCAGCCUCAGUCCCUGGCUGUCAUGGUUCCUGGGUGCGAGAAUCAUCUUCUGAGGGCUGCCGCUGCCCUCCCUACUCUGUGCUCUUUGUGUGAGCCAACAUGUUAACCCCAGACAUCCGCAUGCAGGGAUGAGAUUUCCCUCAACGCCUCCAGCUUACUGUGGAGGACCAUGCCAGCCAAGCCAGACCGCUUCAAUCCAGAUUUCUGGAUGGGUAACUCAAGGAGAUCAGCAGCAUCCUGCCACUUUUUCUUUUCACCUCAUAUUCUGUACUGUAUACACUUUUACCAAGCACACUAAAGUUCUUGCAUUUUACAGCCACAUUCUCCUCCAAAGCACACCAGCAUCUAUAUAUGCUUUUUUUUUUACCUCUAAAUCUUUGCUAUCUACCUCCAUCAAUACAAUGGCAUUUGUUAAUGCAUAAUGUAUAAAUAUAUAAAUAUAUUAUUUUGCUUUAUACAUUUUUUACUUUUGAUUGUUUAUGCGUUAUGUAUAUGUGACUAUAUAGCUACAGUUUUAACUAUACAACAGUAUAAACACCAAAAGCAGUUGCUGCACCCAGUUCAAGCCCCGGUCCUGAGGAUCUUUAAUUACCUGCAGGUUGGAGAUGCUAAAAACUGGUUAAUCCAAAAUGUGUCCAUCACUAUAACCCUUGAGUCAACAUUUCUGUGUUUUACACUUGUGUCCUUUUUUAUUGUUUCUCUCAACAAAAAAAUCAGUUAUACUAGGAGGUCAAGAUGGAUAUCAGGUAUUACCUCUCAGGUGCAGAGAUUUGUGUCUUUGUCUCCCAGCAAGCAUCAGCUUUCUUGUCUGCAUCUCCUGGUGUCAGUCAUUGAUGUUUCUACUAGUUUAAAGUGACUCAAAGCUGACAUCAGUCCCAUCUGUUUAGACCUGACUUUGUUGGAGAGGAAAAAGAGCCAUUUAAGAGAAUUUCAUUGUGGUUCUCUCUGUCCUCUGUGUCCUAGGAUUGCUUAAUAACUGUGUUGUUUUCACUCCCUGACCCUCUCAGAAAACCUAUUACUUUCACAAGGGAGUUUAUUAUCCAAUAUAACUAUCAUGCACAGCCACGUUCCUCCCAUUUUAUUAGCAAAAUCUCCUCCCAGCACUCCCUGAAGCUCCUUCGUCUGCUCUCCCUGUCCUUCAUGUCUUGUGGUAUUUUCUUUGAAAGUAUAAAACUCUGCUUACCUGCUCAACCUUUAAAAGAGUGCUUUGCUCAGUACGUCUUUCCCCAUCUACAUCUGUAGGUUUGAGAUGAGGACAUGUGUGGUACCAGUGAAAAGCUUUUCUCUCAGGAAAGCUGUGAUUUUCUCUUUCUCUCCCUUCACUGUGUCUGUGUUUGUGUGUUUAUUUAUUAUAAAACAAGUGGCGAUUUUGUUAGUGCAGCACAGCAUACUCUGUAUACAUCUGUAUACAUUACUGAAAAUAAAAACUAUAUUAUCA